AUAUCUGUGCCUCUUGCGCCAUGCCAUCCGGAACCAACGCACGGACAGGGUUCUCUGUGCGGGAUAUCCUAGAUCUCCCUGACCCAACCGGAGGAUGCGGCACCAUAACCGUGGAUGGAAACUCGAGGGAUGCUGCGAUGGAGGUGCCAGGCCCGGAAAACAGAGAGAAACGCGAACUCAGCGGCCGGAGUUGGCGUGAGCGCGCCACUGGGAGUUUGAACAGGUGGAACCGCUCACAUGUACAUAGUUUGUCCUCCGAUUCCAGUACCGGAUCUACAUUCCCCCGGCUGCCCGCUGACGUGUCCCGGUCCGCAGACGGCCCGGAGGCGCAGAAGAGCCGCAGGAAGCGGCGCGUGCUCUUCUCCAAAGCGCAGACGUUCGAGUUAGAGCGGCGCUUCCGGCAGCAGCGCUACCUGUCCGUCCCGGAGAGGGAGCACCUGGCCGGGCUGAUACGCCUCACUCCGAACCAGGUGAAGAUCUGGUUCCAGAACCACCGGUACAAGAUGAAGAGAGCCCGCGCCGAGCGCAGGCGCGAGGCGCUGCAGCUGCUGCCCUCCGCGCGCAUCGCCAUCCCGGUCCUGAUGCAGGACGCCAAGCCCUGCGAGCAGAUCGCGGGUCAGGACUUGGAGGUGGCGCUGAGGUGUGGGAUCAGUAUGCCGAUCUGCACCUACUCCCCGCUGCUGCACGCCGCAUACGGAACGGAACACGCCGGACUGCCGCAGCAGCCGCUCGGGGCGCAGCAUCUGGCGCACAUGUACCACUGGAGCUGGUGAGCUCGGAGACAUCAAAAUGUAUCCAAAUCCAAAGACUCAGCGAUAAAUGAGCGUUUUCUUGUAUUAAAAAUCAAUUUUAAAGGAUUUGAUUUCUAAGCAUGAUUGUGUUUAAUGUGCUUUCAUUCAUGAAAAGCUAUAGUUUUGUCCUCACUUUGACGCGUAAAACGUCUAAACCUGCAAAAAAUGAAGCUUGAUGGACCCAAAAACUAUUUAAAGGAGUUUAUUUUGUUGUCGUUUACAGUGUUUUGCUGCUAAAAAAAAAUGUGGCAACUUUUGUGACCUGUGAAUUUUAAUAAUUUAUUUAAGCUGUGACUUGGUUUGAGCUGAAUAUGAUAUUUAUGUGUAAAUAAAAUGGCAAAUUGUGC